CAGAAAAACCAGUUUUCUCUCUGAGGUCACACAAAAUCCAAGCAGGCUACGACAGUGUACGAGCUUUUGAUAAGUGUUGUUUUUAGCUUUCCUACGCGUUUUCUUCUUAAACGAAGUUAUUGGGGGCUUCUUGACGAAAGAAGUGAGUUCGCAAGACUGAGUAGGGGAACCACCCAUACAGAGUGGACAAAGUGGCUACCUGCAUCAUCGCAUUUUCCGGAUCCAUAAUCCUAUAGAAGAACCAUGAGAAAAACAGGCGCUUUUCUGACUGUGGUGGCCACGAUGGGAUUCUGCUAUCUCUACCUGUAUAAGAGAUUGGAACCCACACAUGUUCAUCGUGCAAGAAAACACGACCAAGGUGAUACAAAUCUGUGUGAAACACAGAAUCCAUGUGAGCACGGUUUCUGCGUCGUGCGGUUCGACAAGCCGAUCUGUGUCUGUGAGGACGGGUGGACCGGACCAUCAUGCUCCGUGGAAUUCAACGAAUGCCAGUCGAACCCGUGUCACCACGGCAAGUGUUUUGACGGUGUGAACAGCUACACCUGUGAGUGUAAAGAGGGUUGGAUAGGAACAAACUGUGAGAAAGAUAUCCGGCCGAAACAAGAACUUCCUUCCAACGUCAUUGCUCCGCCUGAACUUAUACCAGGUAAUAAAGAAGAGGACAGUUCUGAAGCUGUGCAAAGCGAGCAAGCAAAGAGAAUGUCGGUGUUGAACAACUACUGCAGUAGAUACCCAGAGAAAAGCUUGGAAUACCCAUCGAAGCACACCCUCGGUCAGCUGAUCGUCAACGACAAGUACAACAUCCUGUACUGUUUCGUCCCUAAAACCGGGUGCACGACCACCAAACUCGUCUUCUACAACCUUGAGAUGGGAACCAACCACACGAUGAAUACUAUAGAAGUACACAAGCACAACUUCACGUACCUGGACCAGUAUUCUGACGAGGAGAUUGAGCAGCGGCUUAGGAACUACCAGAAGUUCAUUGUUGUGCGCGAUCCACUGGAAAGAUUGCUGUCUGCCUGGAGGGACAAGUUUGUGCAUGGACGAGAUCUUCUGACUGAAAAGUUCCAAGAUAUGUGGAGCACCAUCGAAAACAAGACUAGUGAAUAUGACAUAAUCCGAAACGUUCCGUUCAAGGCCUUUCUGAAGGCUGUAGCUAUGGACAAACAUAAGUGGAAGAAUGCCCACUGGGAACCGGCAUACAAGCUAUGCAGCCCUUGUCAGGUUAAGUUCGAUUUCGUCGCCCAUACGGACACGCUGGCAGAAGACUUUCCGUUGUUCUUUCAAAAAGUGGGCAUCACGGGAAAAGACGGUUUUCUUCCACAGAAAAAGCAAACGCGAGGCGGGAAGUUCCUAGCUGAAGACUACAGGGUGAUUCCACUGGAAGACAUGCGAGCAAUUUGGAGUAUGUUCAAACCGGACUUCGACAUGUUUGGAUACUCUUUUGAAGAAGACAUCAACGGACUGUUGCAAACUAAAAACAAAAAUUAGAAGAAAGAAAAAAACAUUUUUAUUUUCGGCAUCAGACAGUAAAACUGUACACAUGAUUUUUGUUUCGUUUUUGAUCCUUGAUACCAAAAACACAUUGAUAGCUGUAUACAAUUCUUAAAUAUGUAAAGUCUAUUUUUCAUCAGUAUCUUUCCUUAAGCCAUAAAGCUAUCUUGUGGUGUAGUCUUUAUAUUCAAUGACCCAAAAGUUCACCCUUCUGUGACUAUCUUAGUUGACAGUGACUCAGACAUUGUUAUGAUUAUACAUGUUGUCCUUGUUUUAAGUAGUUAGUAUAUUCAUUGGAAUAUUGUGGGCUUGAUGCUAGUGGUAUAAGUUAAUCAUUUGUCUUAUGUGCGCUGUGUAUUAUGUACUACACAGUAUGUACCAUAUAGUAUACACGGAGUAGUAUAUAUACUACCUCGACUUUUUAAAAUAUCUUCCCCGGUAAGAAAAACAUAUUGUUCUUUUCUUAUUUGUUCUUCUGUCAGGAGCCAAUCAGAGAUUAGAAUUGCGUUAGGAUAAAAUCUUGUAAAUAUGAGACUUUUUACUUGCGCACAAUAUCAUAGGGCGAGACUUGUGUAAUAGCAUCAUUAUCUUAUUGACCUGAUUCAGAAAUCAAGUAGAUGUAGAUUGCUUUUUUUACUCACACACUAUACUAUAGGGCGAGCCUAACUAGUAUUGUGUGUUAGUGGCUUAUCGGGGAAAUAUGCCUUUUUAGUUUCACGUUUCUUUCUCUACAUGUGGCCACAUGUAUGAACUUGUGAACAUGUUUGCGUCAUAUGAUUCUCGGACUGUGUUCUGGAAUUAAGUAGAUUGAUUUGAGUUUGUGGGAAGACCUACAAAUCACAGUACCAAUACAGACUGACAUGUUCCACUGGCCUGGAUGAACAGAAGACAACAGUCAUCAUUGCUCAAAAGUAGACAUCACACCAACAUUCGCGCAAAUGAAAUAAAUCAACAUCGCGGUUACGUUUGUA